CCCUGGGAGGACUGUGUCUUGGGAGGUAUUGCCGUGAUGAAAGAAAUCGAUCAUUGCUGAAAAAAAAACCUCUAUUUGAAAGUCUUUCUUUAAAAAGACGAAGUUAAAAUUUCUUCAGCUUGUGGAGGAAAUAUCAUUCUUCCUGAAGACAACUAACCAGGUUAGGAAUGGUGAAAAUGAUCAGUAAAGCAGUUGUUUAAGCAGAUUGGCUCCUUCAUGUUCUUAGUAUUUCCUUAAGAAGUAACAACAUAAUGGCAAAGAGGACUGCAGACAAGGAACUAACUGACCGAAAUUGGGAUCAGGAAGAAGAAUCUGAAGAGGCAGGAACUUUCUCGGUUGCAAGCGAAGAUGUGCUGAAAAACAGAGCUAUCAAAAAAGCAAAACGCAGGAACAUAGUCUCUGAGCCUGAAGGUGGAGGAAUUUUCAAAGGGUUUUCUGGUCUCGUAUCAUCAACUGGAAAUACUGGGUUUGGAGCAUUUGGCAAUGGUUCUGGUUUCAAGCCUUUACACGGGCUGUCCAAUGGAAAUAAUUCAUCGUCUUCUUCAAAGCCAUCCCAUAAUAGUGCUACAGAUGUAAAUAAUCCUUUGGGUUCUUUUCUAUCUAAUGGCCCUCCACCAAACCCCUUGGCAAAAGGUGAAAUAGGUACGAAAACAAAUGGUGUUAAUCAGAUUAACUCGGGGGAUAAAGUGGGCUCCAGUGAGUACAACAGACAACUAGCAGCACUGAAUUGUUCGGUCCGAGACUGGAUCACCAAACAUGUCAAUGAGAACCCACUCUGUGAUUUGACCCCAAUCUUCAGAGACUACGAGAAGCAUUUGACAAGCAUUGAACAGAAAUAUGGUAGCAGCUCUGACAGUGGCUCAGAGAGUGACACAAGCAGCAAGAGGCCAGAAAUGCAAUCUGUUAACACAUUUGGUGUUUGCAAAACACCACAGGGAGCAACCCCAUCAUCUUUAUUCUCAUCUGUCAAAAACAAGGAUAUUAUUCCAUUCACUUCAGAAAAAAAUUCUGAGACUGCAAUAGGAAAUAGUGGGAAUAUCAACUUGCUCUUUGGGAAAAAAAUGGAAAGCUCUCCUUUAGCUGGCUUUUCUUUCGGUGGUGGAACUUCAGGCUCAUUAUUUGGAAAAGAUCUGAACCAGGAGAAGACUGUUGCUCCAACUUUUUCCUUCACAGCAUCUGUAGAAAAAACAGAAGAAGUGAAAGGUAGUGAGCAUAAAGAUGAAAAUGAAGAAGAGAGUGAAGAGCCUCCUAAACCAGUUGUAAAUGAAAUCAAGGAAGAAGAUGCAAUCUUUUCAAAGAAGUGUAAAAUGUUCUACAAGAAGGAUGGGGAUUUCAAAGAUAAAGGAAUUGGUACAAUCCAUUUAAAACCUGUGGCAGAUCAAAAAUUUCAGUUGUUGGUACGAGCAGAUACUAAUCUAGGUAAUAUUUUACUGAACAUUAUGCUUCAUCCAUCACUGCCUUGUACAAGAACAGGAAAAAACAACAUUCUUCUCGUCUGUGUUCCCAAUCCUCCCAUUGAUGAGAAAAAUCCUGAUACUGCUAUGCCAAUUUUGAUCCGUGUGAAAACUACUCAGGAUGCGGACGAGCUUCACAAAAUUAUUACUGAGAAAAAGGCUGCACAUCAAGUGUAAUAGGUGCUCUAUCUGAUAGUGUAAACAAGUUUUGCCAAGUUGCUGCUACGGUCUUUAAUUCUCAAUUAUUUUUAAAAUAAAAUGUUUCUGGUUGAGGAAAUUAUAAUGGUUAGGCAGAUUGCACUUGAGUGCUUUCAUUCUGAUAGGGACAUCCCUAGGUAUUGUCCUUUUUACAUGUACUGAAGUUAUUUUCUGUGUACAAUUGUGGCCUGACCUGAUUUUUAGCAGCAUAGAUAAAUCAUUUAGACCACAAGUUUGAUAAAUGGGGCCAGUAUGUUUAAUAACCUGACAACCCAUGUCAUGAAAAAAUCUGUGUGCUAACCUAGAGGGUUGGAAUUAUUCUGCUUACAUUCAAACUUUCUAUUCCACUUUCUUCUGGUUUCUAGUGUAGAUCAUAAUGCAAGCAACAGGAAUAAUGUUUUAAACAUCUCUAAUUGGACUAUUGUAGAAAUUUACUUUUGCCCCCACUUCAUUUCCAAAAAAACCAGUUGAGUAUCCCUGUUUACCAGUGAGAAAGCACGUGAGAUUCGCAUCGAAUAUUAGAAUAAGGUAAAAUGAUAAGCCUAAGAGAGCUUGGAAACUGAAGUGAGCAGGGAAGGGGUAAAGAAAAAACAACUAAAGUAAAAUCAAACAGCAAUUAGUGGAUUGAAAAGAUUCUGCAAGUACAAUGAAGUGAAAUUAGGACAUAACCGGUGAAUGGAACUGGUGAAUAAAUAAAUGUUGGAUUCUUGCUGUUUCCCCUAAAUUUUCUUGUAGCUGUCCAUUUUAACGACUUGUAAGCCACACAAUUUUCAUUUCAUAUCAUAAAAUUGUAAUAAAAACAACAUUGUCUGUUGAUUUGUUGAGCUUGAUUCUUAAUUUAUGCAUAAUCUGAUAAAUUUAAUUUGCUGCAAGAAAAGUAUUGUUAGACCAUAUACGAAUGCAUCUCAGAUUGGUGUGGUAAAUUUGGCCAAAGCCAUGGUUUCAUGCCAUACUUUCCUAUUACAGAAACUCUCUUGAAGAUAACCUGAUAUCAUAAACCAAUCUCCAUGGUUGAACAUUACCUGUUUCAACAAAAUAUAUUGUACAAGACAAGCUAAUUUGACAUAUUUUACAGAUUUUCAUUUUUCCUCAUUAUAUGUGUCCUGUAAUGCAAAGCUAUUUUGUUUGGAGAUCUUUUGGAGAGCAUAUUUAUCUGAACUUUUAAGGCAAACAGUCUGUAUGUUUUGGGGUUUAUGGGUCUUGAAAGCCAGUGAUAGGCAGUUGUUGAAGAGAUAUAUCAGUGGGACCGCUUUAGAAAUUGGUUCGUAGCAGUUAAAUUUGAAUUGUAUUUAAAUAAGCAGAUAUAACCAAUAAGAACAAUUAUAGUUCUUGAAUCCCAAAUAUCAAAGCUGAGCUGCAUUUUGGAUGAUUGUACUGAUCAGGGAAUCCUUCAAGAGAUGGAAAAUAAGCAUCAAUUUUAAAUAUUCCUAGGAUAAAUCAAGCUUGAGAGCUUUGUCAUGGUCUUAGUAACGUUUUUAAAUGAUGAAUUUUAAAAUGUUUUUAAAGUGAUGUAUAAAAUAAUUAGAAAGCUUACAAACUCAGUGCACAAAUCUGUUAUUGAUCAGACAUCAAUCCAUAUAAACAUUGCAUAUUUGAACCACAGACGUUAAUGCUGAGCUUGACAUUGGCCAGUUAACAUGCCCAGUGAUAUCAAACAACAGGACAUUAUUUUGAUCAUUUGGCAUCACUUUCCAUUUGGGAUCUCGGAGUCAUUAGAAGGGCCGAGCCAAGAGUUCCUGCAGGCCAAAUUUGGAAAUCCAUGUUUUAUAGGCGGACUGGAGACGUGGUAAAAAAUGCACAAGGAUGAUAUCAAAAGUGAGUGGAUGUACUUAUUAUAACAGAGUCAUGGUGGGGGGUGGGUGCUAUUUUCUCUGGGAAAGAAAGAAAGGAGAUCACCUAAUUGUGAUUUUUUUUAUAUAUCAUUAUGUAAUGAUUUAAUGGGUGCUCAUAGAGAAAAUAUUACCAAUUGAUGAGUCUGCAACUAGAGGAAGUGGGUAGAAAGUGGAAUGCUUUACAGAGAGGAGUAAUUGAGUAGCAUAGUGAAAUUUAAGCAGAAGAUGCAUAAGCACAAGGAAAAAAAGGAAUUGAUUGAUAUAUUGACAGUUAUCUGAAGAAGGGUGGGAGGAGACUCGUGAGGCAAUAAACACCAGCAUAGAGCUGUUGAUUGUGUAUAAACCAAUCCAUUGACAUCAUUAAAUGGAUCUAAAAGAUGGCUUUUGUUUGAACUAAUUUUGGUAAAAUACUGUUUGCUGAAAUCCUGCCAUAUAGUUAUUUUAAAAAUAAUUCUUACAAAUGCAGUUUACCAGUGAAAGUGUUAAACUUUUUUUUUGAGUUAUAUUGGCUUGGGAAAGAUUAUAACUCUUUAUUUUUGCAAUAUUAUCCAUUCAUUUGCAGAAUCCUGGAGAUUCCUAACGACUUUUUUUUUUAAAUUGAUGGCAUUGGCUACAUCUUUAUCUUACAGACAUGCAGGAAUUUUUAAAAUAUUGCUAUGCUAUUUUGUGACUAGUUAUUCAGUUUACCAGUUUGUUGAAGGCCCACAACUGUAUAAUCGCAUGUGAUCUGGUUUAAUAAAAUAUGGGUUCUCACGUAUGGGAAAAUUCUCAACACCUUGGAGCCUUCCACAUGAAGGACCUUGCCAUCUUUACCUGCUGACUACGUUAUUUUAAAAGCUUGAAGUAAAACUGCUUGUAACCUGUGAUGGGCAACUUCUGAAUUUAUUUCUGAAUUGCCAAUACUACUUUGUGCAAAAUAAAAAUGCAAGUUGUAGUGAAUCAUCCUCCGACAUAAACAAUUUUGAAUCAGAUUGAGAAUUUGUAUGUUCUAAUAGAAAAGAUUUGUUUUGACACUGGGUUUUUUUUAACAGCUUUCCAUGUUAAGGUUUAGUAAAAACUUAUUGUUUCCAUGUAUGCAGCCUUGAAGCAAGUCACUUUUAUUAUUUAUGAAUGUUGCUAGGGUAAUUGUUACAGCAAAAUGACUUUUGGAAAGUAUUUGCAUCUUAAGCCAAAAGUCAAGCAAUCCCAUGAAGCAGAAACUAAUUAAUUCAAAAAUUCAAUAAUGUGAUUACUAGAAAUCUGAAAUUAAAACAGAAAAGGCCAGAAAUAUGCAAUGGGUGAGACAGGAUCUGUGGAGAAAGAAAUUGUGUUAAUGUAUUAUAUUGAUGACCUUGCAACAGUUCUGGAAAAAGUUACAGAUUAAUAGGUUUUGAGAUGUACAGCUCUAGUGCAGGACAUGCAGCUUGUGAGCCAGUACUGCCCAUGAGACAGUUGUAUCUGGACCAUCUCUGAACAACAAGCUGCUGGUGCACACUUCACCAGUCACAGAUGUAGGUUAAAAGUUGCAUUCUGCCUUUUAAGUUGAACCUCCCCAUAUCUGUGUUACCCACAGAUCUCCCAGCCAGCAGAAAGAAGAAAUGCUCAUCUCAGUUGGAUUUAAACCUGUUUCCUGAACCUAGUGCCCUCAAUCAGCUGUAUCAUUGUUCUUUUGUUGAUACAGGUUAUGGAUGAUCUUGCAUAUUUUGCAAUUGUUUCUCUUAUGAAACCAAUUAUUGAUCUUGAGGAGAGAACUCUGCCAAGUCUCGUUUGAUUUUUUUUUCUGUUUAUCCCCCUUCAAUAAUUUUUCCCUUCCUUCCCAAGGAUGUUUGCAGUGACAACAUGUUCCACAAAACUGAAGCCCUCCAGAGCUUUGACAGCCAGUUAAGAUGAGGUCUCAGUCUUGUUGACUGUCAAAGGUGAAUUUUGAUGAAUAUUUCUGAGACAUUUUUAAAUUUUGAAUGAUAUUAAUUUUGAUAGUUCACAAAUAAUUACAGCUUUAAAAAUAAACUUCAACUUAAUUAAUUUGUCACCUGAAACAUACCCACCUUCCUAAGAGCUAUUUUGUCCUCAUUGAAAUAAAUGGAGUGGCUGAGCUGUGCAAGUUGUAACCAGGUACAAAUUCAGCAGGCUGACUUCGGGACUACCUAAUGCUUAAAGAAGUUAGCACUCUACCGUUGAACUCUAUGGGGUGCCCAAUAUUGUAAUGACAGCAGCACAGACCACCUGGGAAUUUUGGAUCUUUAUAAUCACAUGAAGUGUUCCAGAUUUUCAGUGUAGCCAUUCCUGAAAAAGUUGUGUCCCACUGGUUCUGAGAAAGGGGGAACUUUUCACAAUUACAAUGAAAGAUCAACCUAGAAGGGUAAUUAUUUAUUCUCUAUAUAGAUGCUGUCUGUCUGGCUAUUGCCGGCAUUUUCUGCCUUGUAUCCAAAUGGUGUGUUCUAUAGAAUAUUUGGAAAUAACGAUAAUGUGAAUUAUUUUGACUUCUAUUUCCAAAAUUGCUGCUGGUUUUGGUUGAUGUUUUUUGACUUGUUUCUGUGAAUUUAUCGGAUCAGCAAUAGUAUUGGACUCUCUUCCUGCUUAAUGUAGCUAAUGUAAUCACAUUUUUAUUUGAAAAAAACUAAACAUGACAGACUUCUGAUUGACUUCUCGGAGGUUAGAAGCAUCUACCACUAUUCAUAUCUAUUAUGGGCUAACUGGACAAUUAGAAAACAUUUAGAUCAGUUAGUACCAUUCAAAAAAGUAGGCAAAUUGAUAGGUCUCCUAUUCACGGUGCCUGAUGAGCUUAGGGAUGUGACUAUGAUAGGUUUUUAAAUGUGCAAGAGUUGUCAACCAAAACUCUGCUUCCUUCCACAAUGAAGCUUUCAAACAUAAAAUGUGUUCCCAGUUUAUUUUAUCAUAGUUGCUUUUGAUCCAGCUUCAGAAGUAAUUUAAAUUUAAAAGCAGAAGAGUCUUCUUUAAAGUCCUAGCUAUGUGUAGAAAUGGACUUUUUAAUUUGUUCUUGCUUUCACAGGUGAUUCUAAUUUGGUUUCCUCCCUUGUACAAAUCUGCUUCCAGUAUAAAUAUACACAUUUGUCAGUCAUUGAUUAGGAAAUGCAUUGAAAGCAUCCAUAAUUCAAACUGAAAGUGAGAAAGAAAGCAAUUUAUUAGCAUAUUGCAAAGUAAAAUACAGAUGCAUGUUCACCAUGAUUAGUUUUUUCUCUAAGAUGUACAUUUUAGGGAUUUUUCACUUUGACAUUCCAAUUUGUGUUGAAUAGCAGAUUUGUGCUGCUAAAUUUGGGAUUCAGUAAUAAGGGGAAGAAAGGCAAGGAUAUAAUUAAGGGGCCAUUUAAUGAUAUAAAAAAUAUGCGAUAAGGAUGCUUAAGUGAGCAGUAUGACUAAGAAAUUGAUGAAAUUUAUCCAUUGCAAGCGUUCUGGGUACUGUGUACAGUAAAAGUGGUGACACUUUUUGUCAAAUGGCAUAGUUGAAAGCUUCUCAAUAUUACAGAAGGUGAAGUACUUUUAUUCUAACUCUGCAAUAAAUGCCUCGGUUUGAAAAGACACAGAUCAUGUUUGGUUUCCAGCAUCGUAAUUCAUAUAAAUGUAAUCUGAAUUGAUAAAUAUUUGUUUUAUAUUACAUUUUCAGAUUACAAAAUAAAUGACUUUGAGACACAAUUGUCUUGAAUUUUUUGUUGGUAUGCGGUUAUCUUUCUAAAGAUUCUAAAUUUUUCUGUGUAUUCUAUCCUGUAUUGCUUAAUAAAAAGGAUCCUUUUGUCUUGAUUUUGGAAUCAUUAAUGUGAUGUUUUAACCAUUUUACAUUUUUUUAAAAAAAGAAUCUUGUUGCUCAGUAUCUAAAUGCCUUUGUUGUAAAACUUGUGAAGAUUUAGUUUUUAAAUAUUCCUUUCUCUAUCUGAUAUAUGUUUAUUUAAUGUAAGGAAAUGCAUACUUUGGUGAGGGGCAAUUUUAAUUUUAUUUUGAAUUAAUUUAAGGACUAAGUGCUGUGUCUUAAUUUAAUUAUUGUUUAACAAGGUGGUUAUAGUUUUAUUUGGUAAAUGCACCUUUUACCAGUGCCCCACUCUGAAGAAAUUUUGACUGGGAGCAAACGUUUGAAUAUUAUUUGAACAAAGAAUAUUAAUACACUACUGUCCUCAGAACAUGUGGGCAUAUGGUUUAUUAAUGUUCCCUGACUUUGUGAAAGCUGCAAGCUCUCAUUAAGUGUGCUUUCCAUGAACAGCUAAUAAACUAUAUUUUAAAGUGAAUUGUCUUGUUGCAGGAUAUCAAAUAAAAACCAGGUUUAAACACUUGAAAAUAAAAAUGUAAAUCAGUAAGUAUUUGCAUGAAUAAAAUGUUUUCCCAGAGAUGUUUCAAUCCUCUUUUAAGGAUGGUUGGUUUUGAAGAUUUAUGUAACACAAUGUUUUUAUGUGUCAGUAACAUUUCUAAUUUUUUUGACUAUCACAUGUUUAUCAGGUAACAAUUAUUUUCUGUUUUAUAGAACCAUUGCAACAAGAGUAGGCUACGUAUUCCCUCAAUCCUGUUCUACCUUACAGUAACAUCAUGGUUGAUCCAUGAUCCAACUCCAAAUAUUUGCUUUGCCCCAUAUGCCUUGAUACUCUUGGUUAACAAAAAUCUGUUUAAAAAUUGAAUGCUUGCAUGGAUAUUGGUCUGCAUUAUAUUGAAUUCUCGUAUCUCCACUUGCAUUGAGAACUAACUGAGCUGUAAAAAAAUAA